UGUCGAGUGUCGAGUGUAGGAGUGGAGAGAACGUGCUUAUCGGCCGGCUUUUGAUUCGAAAUGAACUAAGUAAUCGCCGAGUUGUAGAGGAGCUCCGCGCGAAUAUUCAUUGAAGAGGAAUCAUAAAUUUUUAUGAGCAGAAAAAAACAAAACAAAAACCCAAAAUUCAACGACCAGUUUUUGGAUGCUCUCACGAAGGUCGUGUUCUGUUCUGUUUAUCGUCUUAAAUGUGCCAUAAAAGCUUCUCGAUUCCAGUUCUAUGUUUAGUUCUUCGUCAACAAAGAUCCACAGAGAUGCUGUCGCUCCGAAAAUUAGAGGCUGUGUCGACGAUUCUGCUGUUUGUAGCCUCCAUUUGUGAGUCAGAGAUGCGGAUACAGGAUGCAGAUAAAGAAGGGAGCCGGAGAGGGCUGAAGGAAGUGCCAGUGGAGCGAUUAGAUUGUCAGGAGAGCCUCUGCGUGGGUUUGGAGUAUCCCUCAGCCUUAGAGGUGGCCUUUUUUGGAGAGAAUACCGCGGAGAAACUGAAGGACUACAAAGCACUGAUCAUCCACAGCUCGCGACUGAUGAAUCUACCAAGAAAUGUCUUUCAAAGUCUGCCACAACUCGUGGAAUUUGAUGUCUUGGAAAGUGAGGUGCAGCACAUAGAAAGAGAGUGCUUUAGGGGUUCGCAGAACUUGAAGAUACUCAAUCUGGGUGGAAAUUCUAUAAAGGAAUUGGAACGAAACACCUUUGAUCUUUCGACAGAGCUGGAGGAGUUGAAUCUAUCCGACAAUCAAUUGGAAGAACUCCCAAGAGGAGUAUUUUUACCCCUCAAAAAGUUACAGAAACUCAAUCUAUCCAACAAUCAACUGAAGAUUGUUUCUCUAGAUGUUUUCACCCAUUUAAAUGCACUUCAAACCGUGAAUCUAGACAGCAACAAACUCAAAGAACUCCCCAGAGGACUCUUUAGACCGCUGAGACUACUUUCAGCUAGAAAUAAUCUAUUGGAACAGAUAUCCAUGAAUACUUUUGAAUCCAUAGAGCAUUUAAUACUCUCUGAUAAUCCACAUCUAACGAGACUUCGUCUCAAAGGAGACAUCCAAGAGCUGCAGGCCUCCAAUUGUGCUCUGAAAUCUGUGAUUCUCGAUGGUCGCAUCAUCAGACUUCGAUUGGAUAACAAUCUUCAGCUGGAAGAUGUGAAAAUUACCCAGCCUCAAGCCCUGGAGCAGCUCGAUUUGGCCAAUACGAAUCUGUUGAGUCUGGAUUUUCUAUCAAAGGCCACUGGAUUGAUGGACUUGGAUCUGUCGGGCAUAGAUAAGCUCAAGGAUACCCCAGAUCUGUGGAAAUCGAAGCACUUGGAGCGCUUGAGCAUCACCUAUCCCAUGGAUAUGUUGCCGAAGCUAAAAGACUUGAACUAUCUAGAGAUACAGCAGGAGAAACUGCGAGAGAUUUACAUCAAGGAUGUGGAUUAUGAUUUCUUUGUGAAAGAAGAUGGGAUUAAAUGCGACCAUUUGAUGGAGCUCUUAAGCGACAAGGAACUGGCGAAGGAUGUGACCUUUUGGGAGGAGGAUUCGACACUCUUAUGUGGAAAGCAUUAGGUAGACUUUAAGGGAAAUAAAUAAAAGAU